AGCAUUUCAACAGAAGAAAAAGAAUUUUUUUUUUUUUGGUUUUUCACGAUUUGGGAUUUUAAGAUAAAUGUAAAGGAAUUGGGAUUUUGAAUUGAACCUGUGUAAUCGGUAGUUUUUGUAUUCAACGGCUGGUUUUGCUAUAAAAUGGCAACAGAGUCAAUUGUACAAGUCUCUGUGAUGUCAGUUUUGGAAGAUGUUCUUCAACAGCAAGGAACUCGAAUCCAUGACAUUAAUUUGGCUUCGAGAAAAUCAGAGGAAUCUUCUUUGAGAAGAUAUGAAGCCGCUGGGUGGCUGAGAAAAACAGUUGGUGUUGUUGGGGGUAAAGACUUACCGGCUGAGCCUUCUGAGGAAGAAUUCAGGCUAGGAUUGCGAAGUGGCAAAAUCCUUUGCAAUGUUCUUAACAAGGUUCAACCUGGAGCUGUGCCAAAGGUAGUAGAAGGAGCUUGUGAUUCUGUUAGUGUUCCUGAUGGGGCUGCUCUAUCAGCAUACCAAUACUUUGAAAACGUGAGAAACUUCCUUGUAGCCGUAGAGGAAAUGGGGAUUCCAACUUUUGAAGCCUCUGAUUUGGAACAGGGUGGGAAAUCUUCAAGGAUUGUGAACUGUGUUCUAGCACUAAAGUCUUACAGUGAAUGGAAACAAAGUGGUGGAAUUGGUUCAUGGAAAUACACUGCAAAUUCCAAACCCUCAAGUUUCGGGACAGGGAAACCCUUCACACGAAAAAGCAGUGAACCAUUCAUGAAUUCCAUUUCAAGGACCGUUUCUUUGGGUGAGAAGUCUGUUGAUAGCUUGUGUAGUGAGCAGUCAGACCUCAUUGAAGCAGGUUCCGUACGUUCUGUCGAAAUGCUAGUUCGUGCAGCUCUUUCAGAUAAGAAGCAAGAAGAAAUUCCAAUGGUUGUGGAAUCUAUGCUCGAUAAAGUCUCAGAGGAGUUCGAACGACGCUUGGCAAUCCACAAUGAAAAGAUUAAAAGUACUGCAAAAAAUAUGGAAGAAUCUGUCCCUGAUAAUUCUCUUUCACAAACUGCUUCAUGUGAUGACAAGGUGGGGCAAAUAUUUCCAAAUAGCUUUCACUUAUUACUUCAUGAUAUUAUCAACUAAAUACUUUAAUAUCAUUUAAAUGAUAUAAUUAUGAAGGUUGAAGUAGAGGCCCCGGAUGAGGAAAUGAUUGAAGAUGAAUCAUCAACAAAGCCAGAGAAAAAGGAAGUUUACGAUGAGAAGUGCAACACUGAUGAGGAAUCAACAAGACAUCUUUUGAAACAGCAGACAUUGGUUGAACAACAACAACGAGAUAUUCUGGAACUGAAACAUUGUCUUCAUUCCACAAGAGAGGGUAUGCAACUUUUGCAAAGGGCGUACCAUGAAGAGGUUAUCAAUCUAGGUAAACACUUGCAUAGUCUAGCUUAUGCUGCUUCGGGAUAUCAGAGAGUUCUUGAAGAAAACCGCAAGUUAUACAAUCAAGUGCAGGACCUGAAAGGGAAUAUAAGAGUAUACUGCCGGGUGAGGCCAUUCUUGGGUGGGCAAUUGAACAGUUUGAGUUGUGUAGACCACAUGGUUGACAGCACUAUCACAAUUCUCACUCCUUCAAAAUAUGGAAAAGAGGGAAGGAAAUCAUUUACUUUUAACAAAGUAUUCAGUCCUUCUGUAACCCAAGCGGAGGUUUUCUCUGAUACCCAAGCUUUGAUUCGGUCUGUUCUUGAUGGUUAUAACGUUUGCAUAUUUGCUUAUGGCCAAACAGGAUCAGGGAAAACUUAUACCAUGACUGGGCCUAAGGAGCUCGCUGAGGAAGGUUUAGGUGUAAACUACAGGGCAUUGAGUGAUCUAUUUCUUCUCUCAAACCAGAGGAAAGAAACCAUUUCCUAUGAUAUUUCUGUGCAAAUGCUUGAAAUUUACAAUGAGCAAGUCAGGGAUCUCCUUUCAACUUAUGCUCUAAAUAAAAAAUUAGAAAUUCGUAACAGCUCUCAAAAUGGGAUUAAUGUACCCGAUGCAAGCCUUGUACAAGUAUCAUCAACAUUUGAUGUCAUAAAUUUGAUGAACCUUGGGCAAAAAAAUCGAGCAGUUAGUGCCACAGCCAUGAAUGACCGGAGUAGUCGAUCUCACAGCUGCUUGACAGUUCAUGUUCAAGGAAAGGACCUCACUUCGGGAGUCAUUCUUCGAGGCUCUAUGCAUCUGGUUGACCUGGCAGGAAGUGAAAGGGUAGAUAAAUCUGAGGUGACAGGGGAUAGGCUAAAAGAGGCACAACACAUCAACAAAUCUCUUUCUGCUUUAGGAGAUGUUAUCUCUUCUCUUGCUUCAAAAAAUUCACACGUUCCCUACAGAAACAGUAAACUUACUCAGUUGCUUCAAGAUUCACUUGGAGGACAAGCCAAGACACUGAUGUUUGUUCACAUUGCUCCAGAGUAUGAAGCUCUUGGAGAAACAAUUAGUACACUUAAAUUUGCAGAAAGGGUUGCCUCAGUUGAGCUUGGUGCUGCUAAAGUGAACAAAGAUAGUGGAGAAGUGAAAGAGCUUAAAGAACAGAUAGCUAAUCUUAAAGCAGGCUUAGCGAGAAAGGAAGGAAAGCCCGAGCACCUGCAACUUACUCAAUCCAUAUCCAGUAGCCCAGAAGGAAGUGGACCAAAGCUUGGAUCAUCCCCUUCUCUUCCUAAAUGGCAGAGUUUCAGUGAUCUAUCUAGCGGCCUUGCUACUACUGAGAAUGACUCUUCAUCCACAUCUAGGAGAGAAAGUUUGGAACUUCAAGAGAUGUUAUCGAAUCCAUCUCUUUGGCCACCUCUUUGCAGUCCUGCUUCAAGUGCAAAGGAGGAUGAUAGAGAACCAGCGUCUGGUGACUGGGUUGAUAAAGUCAUAGUGAACAAGCAGGACAACUCAAGGAAGGAUCCAAAUGGCAAUGGACAACUGCCUGAGAAGUUCUAUCAGAGUUGUAUUCGUGGUCCUACAAAGAUACACCCAGAACAAAACUUGAAUAAAAUGACUACAAUCAAAAAGGGCAACCAAGACUAUGAUCAGCAACCGAUUCAGUCUGAAGUUGGCUCUACUGAUGACUCUGAUCAUGAAGCUGCAACAAGUGAUUGUUCGGAGACAGACUCAGUUUGCCAAUCCAAUAGUCCUAAAAUCACCAAUGUUCCAAACGGGUUGGCAUCUAAAUCAAAGAAACAGCAACUCAGGACAGCAAAGAGCACAGAAUUUAGGAGUUCAAUUCCAUCACUAAUUCCUUCACCAUCAACGCGGAAGCCUUCUGGUGGAGUUAAUCCAAAUUUGCACAAGGGAAAGAGGAAAACCGGAUUUACAAAGUGAUUAAACUAAAGUUUUAAAAGAAUUGGCUUCCUCAUUUGUAUCUGCCACAUAGUUGUAGUGAGAGGGAGAAGUUUACAUAUAUGAAAGUGGCAACAACUUUGAGUUGCCUGUGUUUAGUGGUGGUAAUCAUGAUCGCCAUGAUGAUCCACCUUCUUGAUUUGUUCUUUGGUUUUUCUUUUCUCCCGUUCCCCUUCAAAUGCUCUUUCUUGUAGAAUCAAGAACAGAAGGGAGGAAUUGUAUUAU